CACUUUGGAGGUUUUUAUUUAAACUUUAAAUAAAAUUUAGGUUUUACUGCUGUUACAUCUGUUAUAGAGAGGGAAUGGCAAUUUAUAUUAUACGUUUGAUUUUGUUUGUAUAUGGAUUGACAACUGUGCAUUGUAGUAUUGAAGAUGAUAAGGAAAACACACUAUCGGACCGUAUACAAGAAGCUUUUACUGAAAUGAGGACGUUUCAACAUACAAUAGAAAAUAGACUGAAUGAACUAACACACACAGGAUGUCAGCAGUGCUUGGUCAAUUCGAAAGAUAUCAACGAAUUUUCUAAGCGUCUUGAUAAUAUAAAGCAAGAUUACAUUAAUCGUGUCACAGCUAUUGAAGAAAUGCAUCAGCCAGUAAAAGGGGAAAAGGGAGAUCCGGGUCGUCCUGGACGCAAAGGAGAACCAGGGCUUGAUGGACUUCCAGGAAUACCAGGAUUGCCUGUAUGUUAUCUUAAAUUUCAAAUCAAAUAAAAACAAUAAAUUACAAUUCCUUAAACAU